CUAUAGUGUACUUUUAUGGUAUUAAUGGGAAUUUUGGCUUGAUAAAGGCACAUCCCUGAUGCAAUAAAGUUUUAUGACAAGAACUGUCAAAAUAUUAGAAUAUUGAAUUACACGCGUUCAUAAUUUUUAUAAUGGACUUUUAGUAAAUACAAAGUCACGAUUUCAUCAAAGGAGUAUUUUACCCCGACAUUUAUAAUGUCAUCUGUACAACGGGCUUUUACUCAAAAAUUGAGUAAACAGCAUGCAGCUGACGUUAGACGUCAGAUUGCUACCUCUACCUCAUAUUCUCGUGAUCUAUCAAAAAGUGGCAGUUCAUUUUCAGGCUUUUCUUCUACGAUGUCACUUUGUGAGGUAUUAGAACCAUUGGAUUAUGAAGAAUUCUUGGCUCAACAUCAGUCAGUUCUUGAUCGUGACCCUCUUAAAUCAAUAUUAGAUUUUCCACCUGGAGAUGUUGAGUUAAAAGUUGUAACAAGAAAAAUCAGAACAGAAGAGCCAGUUGUGCCUCAUGAGUCUUUAAAUACAGUAUCACCAUAUGUCAGAAGAUGUAUUGAAAGUUUUACCUCAGACUGGAUAGUUGUACAUAGAAAAUAUAAACGUAGAGUUUCUCCUAUAGCAAGAGAUAGACUACUUCAAGAUACUCCAAGACAAGAUUUUGAGGUGGAUCAAGAGGAUACAAAUGGUUCAGGAUCACCAAAUGAAGAGGAAGAUUUAUCUAAUUGUGGAGAUACACCAAGAGGAUCUUGGGCAAGUUUGGAUUUAAGACAUUCACAACACGACCCUCUUCUUCCAAGUUUAUUGGACAGAGUUUGUCCAGAAACUAUUGAUCAAAUGAAUGAACAAAAACGAUCAGAAGAUCGUCAAGAAGCAUUAUUUCCUCUUUAUACACCUCCAACUUCUCCUGACGAUGAAUGGCAAGAGAUCGGUAUAGCUCCUGAACCAACAGAACCUUUUUCCCAUAAGAUUCUUGUCAAAUGUCUUCAAUUGAAAUUGGAAUUGGAAGUUGAACCUAUUUUUGCAAGUUUAGCUUUAUAUGAUGCUAAAGAAAAAAAGAAGGUAUCUGAAAACUUUUAUGUAGAUAUGAAUUCUGAAGGUUUAAAGAGGAUGCUUGGUAGUCAUAUUGCAUACAGUGAUGCUAGUACUUUGGCCAGAAGCUGUGUUAUGAGUAUCAGUAAACCUAGUCCAGAUUUAUUUUUAGUUGUUAGACUUGAGAAAGUAUUGCAAGGUGAUAUCUCAGAAUGUGCUGAACCAUAUUUACGUGAAGAUAAAAAUAAAGAAAAAGUAAGAGCAGCUGCUGCAGCUGCAUGUGAACGUUUAGGUCGAUACAGAAUGCCUCUUGCAUGGACUGCUAUUCAUCUUUCUGGUGUGAUAGGAGGUGGUGGAGAUACAGAUAGCACAGGAAGUGCUGGAUCUUUAGAUAGAAAAUCAGGUGGAUUGGAACAAUGGCGUAAAAAGGUAGAACCUCCAGCAAGAAGAGGAUCUUUAGAAAGAAGAAGUUCGGAUAAAAGACGUAGUUGGUCACCAGACGAUUUUGCUAAUUGCCUUGAUACAUUUAGGCCUAUUACAUUAACUGUUUCAAGUUUCUUCAAGCAAGAGAGCGAACGUCUGAGAGACGAAGAUUUAUAUAAACUUUUAGUCGAAUUACGAAGACCUGGUUCUAAUUUAAAGCGAUUAAAAUGUCUACCAGGAAUAUUGAAAUUGGAUCUUAGUCCUAGACCCGAAGAACUACCUAGAUGCUUGGAUCCUGAUCUUAGAAGAUUAAUUCCAUAUCCAGAUGAGAAAAGUCGACCAGUUAAAGAGAUACUUGAAUUUCCAAGUGAAGUUAUUUCACCUGAUUUGACAUAUCGAAAUCUUCUAUACAUUUAUCCAAAGGAAGCAAAUUUUAGCUCUAGAACUGGUUCAGCUCGAAAUAUUGCCGUAAGAAUUCAAUUGAUGGGCGGUGAACAAGAAGCUGAUGCACUUACAGCCAUUUUCGGGAGAUCAUCGUGCCCAGAAAUGACUCACGAAUGCUUUACUUCUGUAUCUUAUCACAAUAAGAAUCCAAACUUUUACGAUGAAGUAAAGAUUCGACUUCCUGCCGAUUUGAGUGCAAAACAUCAUUUGCUAUUCACGUUUUAUCAUAUCAGUUGUCAAAAAAAAGCAGAACAACCAAAUGUCGAGACUGCUGUGGCAUAUACAUGGUUACCACUUUUGAGAGAUGGACACUUACAAUCAGGUGAAUUCAGUUUGCCUGCUAUGUUGGAUCCACCACCAGCAAAUUACUCAUAUAUUGCACCUGAUGUUCUUCUACCUGGUACAAGAUGGGUGGAUGCUCAUAGAGGUGUUUUUACUGUAAUUUUAGAACCUGUUUCUAGUGUUCAUCCCCAAGACAAAUAUAUUGAUAGAUUCUUAUCACUCUGCGGUUUCCUGGAAACCGGCCAAGUGCCUCCGCGUAUUGGUGAAGCGGGAAUGGAGUCUGAAUUAAAAUCAGCCCUGUUGGAAUUGGCAAGAGCAUCCCAUUCUGCCCUCGUACGAUCGCUACCUCAAUUGCUGGAUCAAUUAAUAUCUUUAUUAGUACGACCUCCGACAUUGCCGUCUCAACCACUGAAUGUGGCAGCUACGGUAUUCGAGGCGAUAGGUUUGUUAGUCCGAAAUAUUACCAAUCUGCCCGAUGGUCAAUUAGAUGCUCAUGGAAGACAUGCACUUCUGGCUACCUACGUUGCUUAUCAAUGCUCUUUACCAAGAAUGACUCAUGCACCUGGCAUUAUUCGAGCUCAAAGUAAUCCUGAUCUACCUUUAGAAGAUCUUGAAAUGGAAGUACACUCACGAGGAUUGGAUCGAACAGCAUCCAUGCGUCAAGAAUCACCUUCCAUAAAUAGCCAACCUACCAGAAGACUUUUACACGAAGAAAUAGCGUUACACUGGGUCGUAUCUACAGGACAAGCACGAGAAUUAGCUGUUACUUACUCGUGGUUUUUCUUGGAAUUAAUUGUUCGUUCUAUGGUUGUGACACUAUCGGAAAUGGGUAUGUUAGAUGCUCCAAGAAAGUCUAGAUUUUCUCCCCAAUUCUGUGAUGAUGUGGCUACACUUACCGCAGCACUGACCUCAGAAGUGAUUUCACGUUGCGGAAAAGAGACUAGAGUACCCAAUAAUCUAAUAUCGAGUUUAGGCAAUUUUCUUUCUGAUCUAUUAUCAGUAAUGGAUAGAGGAUUCGUUUUAUCCCUGAUUCGUGCUGCCUGUUGCUCUCUUUCGGAUGCCUCUAUGCAUAUUCCCGAUUCAGCUGCACUUUACGCAUUGAAAUUGGAUCUUGUGCGAACUACAUGCUCUCACGAACACUAUGUGGCACUAAAUCUACCAUUUGGGACUGGAUACACAUCAGGAUCAGCGCCAGCUUCACCUAGUCCAUCGACCGGAAGCUCUGGUAGUUUAAUAUCUACUCUAGUGCCUGGAGAUCGAGCUAGAUUUUCUGAACUUAGUCAGGAAUUUCGACAACAACACUUCUUAGUAGGAAUCGUUCUAUCAGAUUUAUCUAACACUUUAGAGAUACCGAAUCCUAUGCUCCAAAAUAAGGCUAUUGGAACUAUACGACAUCUCAUGGCAUGCCACGAUGUAGAUUCGCGAUAUUCUGAUCCUGCUGCGAAAGCCAGAGUCGCUGCAUUAUAUCUACCACUUCUGAACAUUAUAAUGGAUGCUCUACCUCAACUCUAUCAUUGGGAUUCGAAAGAUAAGAGUGUCUAUCCUGAUGAAUCUGGAUCUAUUACACAAUCUGUGGCAUUAGCUAUAGCUGGAGGAGUUUCUGCCGACACAGCAGGCACUCAAUGCAGAGUUUCAUUGAGUUCAGAGGCUACGAGACAUCUUUUGAUGUGUGUUUUGUGGGUACUUAAGGGAUUGGAACAAUCAGCAUUAGCACAAUGGUGCUCAGAGUUAAGUUCCAGAAGAAUAUUAUGUCUUCUUCAAGUUUUGAAUAUCGCUACUGCAGCUUUUGAAUAUAAAGGGAAAAAAGCCUUGAAAAGAUUGCCACCACAAGCUGCAGCUACGAGUGAUAUUCGAUCUAGAUUGGAGGAUGUGAUUCUUGGUCAAGGAAGCGCUAGAAGCGAGAUGAUGUUGAGAAGAAAAGAGAGAAUGAGCGGGGACAAACUUAGAUGGCGUAAAGAUCAGAUGCCCUAUAGAUCCUGUGAACAAUCUGAAGGGAGAGCUGUGGAACAAGAUGCUCAUAUAGAAGGUGCCUUAGCAGCAGAAGCCUCUUUGGUAGUUUUGGAUACUUUAGAAACAGUUGUUCAAGCUGAUGGAGGAGGAGGUGCAGUUGUAGGAGCAGUGUUAAAAGUGCUCUUGAGAGCAUUAGCAAGAAAUCAGAGUACAUCUGUGUUGCAACAUAUGUUUAAUACUCAACGAGCUUUGGUGUUUAAAUAUCAUAGUGCUCUAUUCGAUGAGGAAAGUGAAAGAUGUGGUGAUUUAUGUUUAACAUUACUCACUAGAUGCAGUUCACCCUUAAGUGCUGUUCGUAGUCAUGCUGCUGCAAGUCUUUAUUUAUUAAUGAGACAAAAUUUCGAAAUUGGAAAUAAUUUUGCUAGAGUAAAAAUGCAAGUUACAACAUCUUUGUCAGCUCUUGUUGGAAGAGGAAGAGCUCCAAGUGAAGGAGCACUUAGAAGAGCAUUGAAAACAGUAUUGGUUUAUGCUGAGAGGGAUACAGAACUUGCAGAUACAAGUUUUCCAGAACAAGUGAAAGAUCUUUUGUUCAAUCUGCACAUGAUAUUAUCUGAUACUGUUAAAAUGAAAGAAUUUCAAGAAGAUCCAGAAAUGCUUUUAGAUCUCAUGUACAGAAUUGCAAAAGGUUAUCAAGGUUCACCAGACCUUAGACUCACUUGGCUGGCAAAUAUGGCUCAACAACAUAUGGAAAGAAAGAAUCAUACGGAAGCAGCUAUGUGUUUGGUGCACAGUGCUGCUUUGGUAGCAGAAUAUUUACAUCUUUUGGAACCAGGAGGUGGAGGGCGACCAGUAGGAGCUGUCGCUUUAGCACCUGUUACUCCAAAUGCUUUAGAAGAAAGUGCAGUGGGUGAUGAUGUGUUAGCAAGAAGAGAGGAAGGUUUAUGUUUAGGACCAGAUUUUUCAGAAAGUGGCCUAGCUGGUUUAUUAGAACAUGCUGCUAAUUCUUUUCAUGCAGCUGGAAUGUAUGAAGCAAUUCCUGAUGUAUAUAGAGUGCUGCUUCCAAUAGCAGAAGCUGCACAUGAUUACAAGAAAUUAGCUAAUAUUCAUGGGAAACUUCAUGAAGCAUAUACACGAGUAGAACAAUUAGCAGGAAAGCGAGUAUUUGGAACAUAUUUCAGAGUAGGAUUUUAUGGUGGACGUUUUGGUGAUCUUGCUGGUGAAGAGUUUGUUUAUAAAGAACCAACUUUAACGAAAUUACCAGAAAUAUUUUCGAGACUUGAAAAUUUUUAUGCUGAACGAUUUGGUAACGAGAACAUUGUAAUAAUAAAAGAUUCGAAUCCUGUGGAUCCUAGCAAGUUAGAACCAGAUAAAGCUUAUGUUCAAAUUACAUAUGUGGAACCAUAUUUUGAACCACAUGAAUUAAGACAUAGGCCAACUAUUUUUCAUAGAAAUUUUAAUAUCAAACGAUUUGUAUAUGCAACACCAUUUACACCUGGGGGUAAAGCUCAUGGAGAAUUAAGAGAACAGUGCAAACGUAAAACUAUUCUAACAGUUGCUACACAUUUUCCAUAUUUAAAAACAAGAAUUCGUGUAGUUGCUAGAAAACAAAUAGUUUUAAGUCCAAUUGAAGUUGCAAUUGAAGAUAUACAAAAGAAAACUGCAGAGGUUGCUGCAGCAACAGCUCAAGAACCACCAGAUGCAAAGAUGUUGCAAAUGGUUCUUCAAGGUUGCAUUGGAACAACAGUUAAUCAAGGACCUGCAGAAGUUGCAGUUGUAUUUCUUUCUGGUUUAAGAGAACAGAAUGCACAGCCUACUAGACUGCAGCAUAAAUUACGAUUAUGUUUCAAAGAUUUCUCAAAGAAAUGUUUGGAUGCUUUGAGAAGAAAUAAAAAUUUGAUUGGACCAGAUCAAAGAGAUUAUCAACGAGAAUUAGAAAGAAAUUACCAAAGAUUAACAGAAAGGCUUUCUCCUCUUAUUGCAUGGAGUGGACCCUCAUUAGCAAAUCAACAAAAUCUGCCAUCAACAUCUCCACGUUGGUAAAAUGAUUUAAUUCUGCUAAUGAACAAUUACCAAAGAU